UGUGUUUCUUAGCAACUAACCCCCGGCUCCACCAGAAGCCCCUCUUCGCACAUGCGCAAACUGCGGACGGGGAAGGGGGCGCCCUAACCCUGGCGUUUUUGGUGUUGCUGUCCCAGCCAGAAUCGCGUGUGGCCGGUGGGAAGCCGGGAACUCCAGCCUCCCGCAGGACAGGAGAAAGGAGCGAGCUGCACCAGGGCAAGCAUGGAGUAGACAAGGUUGAAUUUCAUCAAGAUUAGUAGCUUUGCAAGAUCAUGAUACAUGGUGAUGGCUUGCAGAGUCAUAAACAAAAGAAGACACAUGGGACUUCAACAACUUUCAUCAUUCGCGGAAACAGGAAGAACUUUCCUAGGCCCACUAAAAUCAUCCAAAUUUAUUAUAGAUGAAGAAUGUCAUGAAAGUGUAUUAAUCAGUUCAACAGUAAGGCUUCUUGAAAGUUUGGAUUUAAGCAGUGCAGUGGGACAGCUUCUCAAUGAAGCAGUUCAAGCACAAAAUAACACAUAUAGAACUGGAACCAGUACUCUUUUGUUUCUUGUUGGUGCUUGGAGCAGUGCAGUUGAAGAAUGUCUUCAUCUUGGCGUCCCCAUUUCUGUAAUAGUGUCAGUAAUGUCAGAAGGCUUAAAGUUUUGUAGUGAAGAAGUAGUUUCUCUUCAAGUACCUGUUCACAAUAUAUUUGACUGUAUGGACAGCACAAAAACAUUUCCUCAACUUGAAACAUUUAGUGUAAGUUUGUGUCCUUUUCUACAGGUCCCUUCAGAUACUGAUUUGAUAGAGGAAGAGCAUGGUCUCAGAGAUGUUGCCUCUCAAACAUUGACCAUUUCCAAUCUUUCUGGGAGACUUCUUAAAUCAUCUGAAUUCUUUAAACCUCAGGCUAAGGUUGAAGCAGAUAAGAACACAUCACGAACUCUGAAAAACAGCCUGCUUGCCGAUACCUGCUGCAGAAAGUCAAUACUAAUCCACAGUAGGCAUUUUAAUGGGACAGAUAAUACUGAAUGGGUAAGCAAACCAGAUGGAUUUCAAGAACAUGUUACAGCUACUCUCAAAACUUACAGAUGUAACGAUUUGGUAGAGUUGGCAGUAGGCUUGAGUCACGGAGAUCACAGCAGCAUGAAGUUAGUAGAAGAAGCAGUACAGUUGCAAUAUCAGAAUGCUUGUGUGCAACAAGGCAACUGUAUAAAACCAUUUAUGUUUGACAUUUCGAGAAUUUGUACUUGCUGUCUACCAGGUUUACCUGAAACUUCUUCUUGUGUUUGUCCAGGAUACAUCACUGUUGUGUCAGUAUCUAAUACUCCUGUGAUCAAGGAAUUGCAGAAUCAGCCUCUCCGAGUAGUUCUCAUUGAGGGUGACCUCACAGAGAAUUAUCGCCACCUAGGAUUUAAUAAGUCUGUAAAUAUUAAAACAGCAUUAACUAGCAUGGAGCUUCAAGAAGACAGCUCAGAGGAACUGUGGGCAAAUCACGUAUUACAGGUGUUAAUCCAGUUCAAUGUGAACCUUGUCCUGGUACAAGGAAAUGUGUCUGAAUGCUUAAUUGAAAAAUUUUUAAACAGUAAGCAGUUGGUAAUUGGCUCAGUGAAUGGCAGUGUGAUGCAGGCUUUUGCAGAAGCUGCAGGAGCAGUACAGGUGGCCUACAUUACACAAGUGAAUGAAGAUUGUGUGGGCAAUGGGGUCUGUGUGACCUUCUGGAGAAGCAGUCCCUUGGAUGUUGUAGAUGGGAACAACAGAAUCGCAAUCUUAUUAAAAACAGAAGGAAUUAAUUUGGUUACAGCUGUGCUCACUAACCCAGUUACUGCACAGAUGCAAACCAAAGAAGAUAGGUUCUGGACAUGUGCCUAUCGUUUGUAUUAUGCUCUAAAAGAGGAAAAGGUCUUCCUUGGAGGUGGUGCAGUUGAAUUUUUGUGUCUUAGCUGUCUUCAAAUUCUUGCGGAGCAAUCUCUGAAAAAAGAGAACCAUGCCUGCUCAGGGUGGCUCCAUAAUACUUCCUCUUGGCUGGCUUCAUCUCUGGCAAUAUACAGACCAACUGUGCUUAAAUUCCUGGCAAAUGGAUGGCAGAAAUACCUUUCAACUCUCCUAUAUAAUACUGCCCAUUACUCGUCAGAAUUUGAAGCCAGCACAUACAUUCAGCAUCAUCUGCAAAAUGCCACAGACUCUGGCUCUCCUUCAUCUUACAUCUUGAAUGAGUAUAGUCAACUAAAUAGUAGAAUUUUAAAUUCAGACAUUUCAAAUAAAUUGGAGCAGAUUCCAAGAGUUUAUGACGUUGUUACACCAAAGAUUGAGGCGUGGCGCCGAGCACUGGAUUUAGUAUUGUUAGUGCUUCAGACAGACAGUGAAAUAAUUACUGGACAUGGACACACACAGAUAAAUUCACAGGAAUUAACGGGCUUUUUGUUUUUGUAGUGUUAUUGGCUAAGUCUUUGGAAAAUAAUUUUUCAUAAUAUGUCAUGCUAAUAAUAAAUGUAUUGCUAGCCAAGUCA